GGAUCUUUUCCCGCAAUUCGAUUGUCAAUAGGUGUUUGUUUUGUGGUGGCCUUGGAAUGUCGAUUUGCGUGUAUAAAUCGGAAUAUAUCGGUCCUCGUAAUACUUGCAUACUGUGCAGCCGGUGUAAACUAACUGCGGAACUUCGUUGGUAUUUUCCACUGCUGUGCUAGUUUUCUCGAUCUGUCACAUCGAUUCAUUGUAUGGACUAUACUUACAUGACUUAUGUGUUAUUUUGUCCGGAUAAAAAUAUAGCAGAAUCGUAAGAAGAUAUUGGGAGCGCGAAGUGCAAGUGGGAGGUUGGUGGAUGGUGCAGUGAUGGAUUACCUACAUACCGAUUUACUAAGCAACAUGCGGGAAGGUCUUCUGGACACUUGUCGACAUCAUAUCCAUUGUCUCUCCAGUCACCUCAAACACUCUACCAAUGGUCUCUACCAUCUGGGCCAACGGCUGAACGAGAAAGUCAGUAUCCGCAGCCGAAGGCUACUCUACAAACCACCCACAGAAGACGAUGUUGUCAACCAAGCCAAAGUCCUUUGCAGGGACUAUGCCUACGCAAAACUCAGAAAACACAAACUCAUCUCUCGCGACAUCUACGGAAAGGCUAGUAUGAAGCGAGGUGCCUACCAACUCCAAUUCUUGAGGCAGAAAACGGAUAAGGAAGCACAGUCGAGUCAAGUGAAAAAUGGGUUUCGUGAUUCCGGUAUAGGGCCAUCGGAUGUGUCUAAGGAACUCAUAAAGGUAGCCACAGAAUUUGAAAGAUGCUUCCCUUAUUUGUAUGAAGACAUUGCCGAUCAGUUACAACUCAAUUUCCAGUCCUCCACCAAUAUUCAGAGUGUCUACAAUACAGUCGGGGCGGAUAUUUUCAGGAAAGGUAUUACGUGGGCAAGAAUCAUAGCCCUGUACACUCUUACAGGCGCCCUCAUCGUUGAGUGUGUGAAGCAAGGUCAUCACAGCCAGGCUAACGCAUUGGUUGAUACGUUACAGAAGUUCGUUAGGAAGAGGCUGGCCAGAUGGAUCAUUGACCAAGGAGGAUGGAUUGGGCUGGUUGUCCACUUCCGUCAGAAGCAAUCAUCCAUCACAUUACUUCGGGUGUUAAGCUUAGCAGGGUUGAUCUUUGGUGUGUUACUCGUUUUGUGGUUCCCGCGAUGAAGUACUGCCAGAUACCCGUCAGUUAUUCCCCAGUCAGAUAUGGAUAGAUAUCAUGAUGGGAUCAUAAUAUGCGCUGAAAUCGGUCAUCUGACCGUGACCAAAGAGUGUGUGUCUCGCGUCUUCCAGAUGGUGACUGUUUAGUUUACAAACCAUAAAAAUCCACAUCAUUCAUAGCUUCUAGUAAGUCCAAUAAAGUUGUCUGCAACAACAAUGUACUUUUAAUACGACCCAAGUCACCGAUACAUUUCCGUCAAAUUGACUCAAUUGCGAAUUUACGCCAAUGGUCAAGAAAAAUUCCGAGAACGCUAAUUUGAACAAAAACGGAACAACCAAAUCGAGUCCCCUUCCACGGAUGCAGCAACGAUACUUUUGUCUGUUUUCUGCAUCCUGAUGGAGUUAUUCAGACGAAACAGAGAACAAGGCACACAACUAUCUUCUACCAUGCUUGUUCGUGGAAAAGUUAGCAUUUUAUGCAUUACGUGUGUGUGCUCGCUAUACCGAAUUCUAUUGUAUUAUUUGAAGUCCUCGGUAUAGGGGAGUUUACGGUUCCACGACUCACGGAGGAUUCAAGAACACAGUGAAUAUGUUGAAAAAUGCCCGUCAAACGAACAUGAAACCGCUGGCACGUCUUUGGCCACAAUGAAAGAAGUAUUUUGUCGAAAAUAAUUGGUGAACCGGAACAGCAGAUUCGUCCUAGGUUAUUGAGCUGACGGAAAAUGGCAAAUAUUAUGUUGUUUGCCUAGCGUCGAGGACGAAACUGCUUUGUUGAUUCACCAACUUCCGACAAAGGCCUCAGUGUCAUGAAAGGCACUUGACAAUACAUUAUCUAUGUUCCUGAAUCCGUCGUGCUUUGUAGAAGCCACAACUUAUCUUUAUCCCAUUCUGUAACGCGAACUUCAUGAAGUCCUUUAAUUGGAGAGUAUUUUGACCAGAAUAUGGGAACCGGGGAACCAGGAUAGUUCCUAAGAAAAUUGACGAAGUAGUAAUUAGAGUGAUAGCAACUAUUGAUAUGAUUCCAUCGGUUUCUCCUUGGUCUCGUUUGUGCAACUCUGGAUAUAACUGUUGGAACAUAACUAUGAAAAUAACUUUGACUGAGUGACAGAUACACGUAUGAUCGAUGGCCACCAGGAAAGCAUUUCUGGAUCCCGUCUUACAAAGAGUGACGAUUGAUACGAUCAAUCUCAAGUAUAUGGAAAUCCGUCAUUGUCAUAAUUUUUUCUGUAGGAAAUUUGCACAAUGUCCUUUGAAAACAAAGAGAAGCAUACCGAAUUGUCAAGAAAACAGUGAAUGUAUGAAUAAACCUCAUUUCUAGAAAUUGACGUUGCUGGCUUUCGAAAGUUGCGAUUGAUUGGAUCAAUCGCAACUCUUUGUAAGACGGGCCAGUAAUGGUUCAUUGCCGUCCAUGCUGUUCAUUGUUCUUGUGCAAACCCUGACAUGGUUUCCCAUAAUACAUUUCUGCCCAGCUUUGGCAAAAGGAAGCAAGUUAUUGUUGUUUCUGAAACACCCUUUGUAUGGUGCACGUUCAGGCAAAUUUUGGGGGAGAAAUGAUCGUUCUAUGGAAAGAUGUUGAAGAAAAUAUGCUGUUAAAUUGCAUUGAUACGCAUUGCUCAUUUACAACAAAUGAUACUUUUCAAUUUUUGUAACAUGCUUCCUUUUGCCAAACUACGGCAGAUUCGCCCACCGUGUAAGUGGUGCCUUCAUAGAAAUCCGUCUGUCUAACGGUACGUAGUUCUAUUUUGGAUGACGAUGAUGCUAUUCGUUUGACAUCAUUCCCUUAAGAGGAUUCAUACUCUUAAUUUUCAUACAUAAGAUUAUAUACGCAAUAUCUUUUAUAUAAUAUUUUUUACUUUUCAUGUAUUUAUUUAUAUCGUGUCUCAUGUAUUAAACUAGGUACUCAUAUCAACGUGGUUACUUGAAGCAUUAUUGUAUAUUUCUUUAUUUGUAGCUGGUCUACUAAUUACAAGUAUCUUUAUCGAAACCCAAAGCACAAUUGGAGUGAUGUAUGAAAAAUAGGUUUUGUUAUAUUUUUUUUUUCUUUAAAAAAACGUGAUUUGAGGUGUCAGGACCGGGCAAGAAUAUAAUCAUGUAAUAUGUUUUUGUUUGUUUUAACAGGGAGUUGGGAGAGAUGGAGAUGCGAGUCUUCCCCAACUCCCUGGUAUUAAAUUGUAUACUAUUAUCUUCAUACCAUCCCCAAACUCUGCGAAAUACGUCACUUUAUCCCCCCCCCCCAAUCUCUCUCGCCCUGCUGGAAAGAACACAAUAUCACCCAGUGUGAUCACAGUGUGUUCACAUAGUGGAUUAUGGGGAAAUAAUAUUUACACUGUUAAAAUUCUCAAAUUCAACAGUGUGAACAUACUUUCACACUGUGGACACCUCGACAAUAUGAAUGUUCACAGCGUGUUCACAUGGUCGACUAUGUGAUUCACACUGUUGAAUUGCUCAAAUUUUACAGUGUGAAGGAGAUUUUACAUUGAAAUCCAUCAUUGUGCACAUACUGUGGGACGCUGUGUCCCCCUCCCCUCUUUCAUUUUCUGUCUCUCUUUCAUUCUCUUUAAUGUAAUUGAUUGAAUUUAUAAGAACUUUUGUAUUUUAAGUGGUCAAUCUUCGACACUUAAAUAAAAUAGUGUGUCCAGUGGAAGGUAGGGUCUCCACUGUAAUCAGUCAGGUUUUGAAAAUGCCAUAUAAUUUGAAAAUCAAUACCAAAUAGUGUCGACAUAACAAACAGAAUAACUCCAAUAUUUCUAAAUUGCUUGAUUAAGUCCAAUCAGAACAUCGACUAUCAAUCUUCAAAGAGUAAUGUAAAAAACGCUGGAAUUAACCAAGGUUAAUAGAAGGUUGCUCUUCAUGAAUUCACUCAGUGUAAUAAAACUAGAUUUGCGUGAAAUUUGAAAUCGAUAUGAUCAGCUAAAACUUCGUAAGUUUGAUGAUUGACCUACGAUUAGUCUUAAUCAAAUUUUAUGUAAGUUUUACACUUUUCACUUCACUUACAGUUCAUCUACUGGUGCAUUUAACUCAUUCGUUGUGAGUAAUUGGCACAGAGGUUUUUUUUAACUAAUAUUAUUUUAUCUAUAAAUUUUUCCAUAUUUUGUUACUUUUUAUAUAUGAGGUUUCACAGAUGCAGAUUUAGAAUUGAAAAUAUUUCUUCGAUUUUUAUCAUGAGUAUGAAUAAAUUUUAGUUUAAAACUCUCAUUUUUGUAAUUGUUUGCUAUUUCGAUUAAAUUCACCAAAUAAAGAUUUUGUUAUAAAAAAA